AUGACAUCCUCUCCUCCCUCUUCUUCUUCCUUUUCCCACGGAGCUAGGGAGAGAUGUCCUCCACCGUCCCCCGUUCAAUCCUCCGAUGGGGAAGCGGCGUGGGCCCUCGAGGCCUUGAUGUGGUCGCAUGACCUGGACUCCACUGUGGGUGGGUCAUUGCUGAGGGGGCUCCGGGAACGCUACAGUAUCUCGGAGGACUAUAUCCUCAGCAUGCCCGAACCGGGACAGAGGGCUUAUGAUCCGGUCCCGAAGGGUUUUGCGCUAACCUUGGACGCCCUGGAGGCGGGGCUGCGCCUUCCCUUACAACCACUUAUCAUGUCCUGCAUUUCUUUCUGGCGUAUUUCAUCAUCCCAGGUGGCGCCGAACUCCUGGCGCUAUCUAGUGGUGUUCCUGGGGGAAUGCCACUACGCUAGCAUCACCCCCUCCCUCAACCUAUUCCUCUCUUGUUACCGUCUUUCCAAAGGGCCGGGGGGUUAUUUUCUAUCUGCCCGGACGGGCUUUCGAGUCGGGGGGGCCCCUUCCAACAACAAAGGGUGGAAGGGGAGGUUUUUUUAUGUUAGCUGUGUGAGGGACUGGGGCUUCGGGGUUCGGUGGUCCGCGAGGGCGAUUGAUAACACCGUCCCGAGCCUGAGUGAAGCAGAGCGCCGGGAUCUUGGGAGGCUAAAAGAGGUUCUCCCUAGUUCCCAGGCUAUCCAAAAUAUGACCGAGCUAUGGCUGGUCGAGGCGGGUCUCAGUCCAACGCCUCUGGGCGGUCAGGCAUCGCAAGCUCCCCCUCCAACACCGUCGGCCGACCCGAAGGACGCCCCGCUGGAGGUCAAGGCCGGGCGCCCUCGGAAGAAGGAAAAGACAGCACCCUCCAAGGGGGCUGAAGCGGGCCCCCGUCGGGGUGAGCUGCAACGCCGAGCUCCGCCGCUAGGUCGAGGAGGCCCGAGCCGAGGCCGGCCGAAAGCCGUGGCGACCGCCGAGAAGCGCGCGGCAGACUCGGAGGCGGAGGUGGCUCGCCUCAGGUCGGAGCUCGAGGCAUCCAAGAACUCGAAUAAGGAGCUCCAAAAAACCAUAAGGGUGGAGCGGACCGAGCUUCGUCUGUUGACGACGGAGGCGGGCUCCCUUAGCAAGAAACUAGAGGAGGCGCAGGCGCAGGCGAAGGCGAGGGCGGCUUCUGAAGCGCUUGCCGAGGAGGCUCGGCUCCGACCCGAUAAGGACAAGGAGCUAAUCGUGACAUACAAGAAGUCCGAGGGGUUCGAACUCGGGCUGACACGCACAGGGCAGGUUUCCUUCGAAUACGGAUACCGGAUCGCCACGUCCCGCUUCCGCGCACGCCACCCAGGUCUCGAGGUGGAGGAGGACCCCUUCACCCCUCACCCCGAGGAUCUUGAGGUGGACAUGCCCAAGGACGUCCCCUUCGAUGACUGUCCAGACAUCCCAAAGGAAUAA